GGUAUUGUAUUACAUCAUCGUAGUGAAUGACGACGUGAUUGAGGCCGGCAGCGCGGCACUGCUCUAAAAAAAUAUUUCUCUCCAAUUUUACAGUUAGAAGAUCACAGAGAAUCAUAUUAACACAUAUGAAAUAUGGCUGCCAAGUACCUGGCCCAGAUUAUUGUAAUUGGAGGACAGGUUGUAGCAAGGGCAUUCACAAAAGCUCUUCGUCAAGAAAUACAAGCAAGUCAACAAGCGGCACAGAGAGCUGGAGGGGGUAAGCAAGGGGCCAAGACUGCAGCAGCAGAUAACAUUACAGGAAUAACAUUAGAAGAAGCCCAGAAGAUUCUCAAUGUCAAAAGUCUAGGAGACCAAGAGGCCAUCUUGAAAAACUAUGAACAUCUUUUCUCUGUCAAUGAAAAAUCAAAAGGUGGCUCACUCUAUCUUCAGUCCAAGGUUGUGAGAGCCAAGGAGAGGAUAGACCAAGAGUUACAGGGCAAAGAGGAAGCCCAAAACAGGAAAACCAUCCCACCCGAUGCUGGUGGAUCAUCAUCACAGUCGUCAGAGCAGCCAAAGGCUGAUUCAUGAUAGUGGAUAGUCCAUCAGGCAUUGACAGAAAACUGAACAAUGAAUUUCAGACAAUGGGCAAUUAUUUAUGGAUGGCAGUGGAAUCAAAACACUCCAUCAGAGAUGAUUGAUGGGUGGAGAGAGAGAGAGAAAAAGCAAAAAAAGAACCGGAAAGUGGAAGUGUCUUCCAGAUGAUGAUGUACCAUGGAUGACAAGUCUGAAGGUGUGGCUGCUACACUUUCCUGUUACCCAAUCCAUUCUCAAUAGAUUUAAUGCCAUGCCUGUAUCCAUACAGAGUAUGCUUAAAGUACGAAUCAUCUCAUGUCUCGUUUUUUAGCCAGAGAGUGUUAGCUAUCAAACACUAUCAUGAAAUGUUAUGCAAAUAAUGAAUAUUUAUGAGUGCAAUGGACUAAAUACUUCAUGAGGUCGCUUUAUUGAAUGGAUCAUUUCAUCUUUCACCGAAUGAAGUAUUCUGUUCAUUGCACGAAUGAAAACAUUCUUUGUUUUAUAUAACACCUAAAAAUAUAUUCUUAUUCAUAUGAAAUUUAUGAAUUUCGAUGCAAAAUAUAUGCUCAUGCUGUGCGAGCUCGGUCUGUUGAUUGCCGUGUACUUGCAACAUGCGCGCUGCAAACACGAGUGGUUUUACUUGUGGUGCCUGCAGUCUGGGUGCACGCAUGCAAUGGACAAAAUUGUAUGGAUCCAAAAUUGCACGAUGAAUGGAUCCAACAUUGCACGGUUGAUGACGUCAUUGCAAAAUUGGCUGAAUGAUUGAUAUCAACAACCAAUCAAAUGACAAGAAUCUAUUUAGGUGUCCUAUAAUUGAAAAUAUAAACCAAGAGCAGCCCAAAUAUAAUAACUUAUUUACAGACCAGUUAUGAUCAAGAUUCAAUUGGUUUGCUGUCAGUGGUCAAUUUGGCAGUGUGACAAAGAUAUGCAAUUAGCUUCCUCAAGCUCACACUAUAGUGAAUGAAACAUUGAAGUCAUUGAUUUGCAUGCAAUUGAAUAUCAAUACUUUGUUUUAAUUUUGUUUUCAUACAGUAUACCUCCAGUUCAUUUUGAAGAGUGGAAAUUUUGAUCAGAUUGAUCGAUAUGUGUUGUAGGUUGACGAAAGUCUUCCCUUUGCAUCGAUGAUUCAUAAAAAGAAACGUUUGAAAGAAACAAAGUAUGUGUACUUUGGUUUUGAUUAAUAUUUGAAUGAUUCAACAAAAAAUCUUUGACUUGAGUGUUUGAAAUCUACUUGUACUAUGGUAAUGAAUUUAAAGUGUUAGAUAGUAUUUAUAUCUGACUUCAAAUGGUGUUAGAAUGACCUCAUGGAUGCAAGUACAUUUGUAAAAACUGAUUGGAAGCAUCAAUGGCGUACCAUAUGAUUAAUUUCAUCACACAUUUCAAGCCGACUUCAAUUACUGUUUACAUAUUUUAAAUUUGUGGGAUAAUAUUGAUAAAGAAUUUGAAAUUUUCAAUGUUUUCAAAUAAUAAAAACAAAAAAGAAAAUGAGGCAAAAGUAAGGCAGAGCACACCCCUUACAUGUACCUAUCUCUGAAUAUGAGAAUUAUUAGAAUGUAGUGUACUAAACUCUAGAGGGCAGCAAUCAUAAAAAUAUGUCAGUGCCAUAUUCAUGAUGUAUAGCAUAGUAUAUCUAGUAUGCCUCAUGCUUCUAUCCUUAACAAAUAAAUACACAAUUUAUUUUACUCUGUCAGUCAAAUUUAAUUGUGAAUGGUUAAAGCUAGGCUCCACACUUACUUUUUUUCUUGGUGGCCCAAACAAUCUAUAAAAAUCAUCAAUUUCAUAUUUUUGGUGGCCCUAAAACAAUAGAAAACAUUACAAUUUAUCAAAACUUUUGUAGCCCAACCGGGCCACCAAGUGUUGGCUUUUACAAAAUUUUAGUGGCCCGACUCUCAUUUUUGGUUGCCCCGGGCCACUGCUAAUGUCGAGCCCUGGUUAAAGAUUUAAAGGCGUAGUAUAAGAAUAAGGGGGAAUCGAUCAUAGUUUAACGUAUGCAUUUAUAGAGAAAUGUGAAACACUAUAUUUAAUUUCUAAAUUUGAAUACUCAUUUGGGUUUUAUUGUACAUUCUCCCUUUUGAUCCAAGUCUUAUAUUGUUAUUUAUAAAAUGUAAUCGUUUUUCGUUAAUCCAACAUGUCCUUUCAAUAUACCAUCUAAAAGUGAGUGUUCAAAAAAAUCUGCCAGAAAUUUAAUACCAGGUUUAAUGAGAUGUAAAGAACAAAGAUUCAGAUAUUGGACCAACUGCUGGGCAAAGUUUAUUGAAGAAAGUUAUGGAUGACUGAAUGGAUAUAAAGGAGUGUAAUCAGGAAAUACUGGAUUACUUGAAGAUACAUUUUAAAAUAUUAAAAAGUGUGUAUCUACAUUUA